GCGUCACCAGGGGACCGGGAACCGGGAACUUAGUACUAGGAUCCGGGAAUAACGAACGAGAGGAAUAUACUUUAAAAUGGGUUUCGAAAAAAGAACCAUCAAGAUUAUUGUGUGCGUUGCUGUAUUAUUGUUGGUGAUUGGGGCAAUAAUCGGCUUGGUACUUGGACUUGUUCUGCCGUACAGAUACGUUGAACUGGAGGUAUGGCCUCGAUCAGAUGAGUACAACCGGGAGCAGCCGCUCAUACAGUUCCGCGUCAACGACCCCGGCAGCUGGCACCCCUGGUACAAUCGCAUCAAUGACUUCCUACGCGCAUACGAGACGAACGUGCCGGAAGAGCCGCCUCGUGCGCCCUGCUCGACGCUGCGGCACGACCAGCGCGUGCCCAGCCCUAACUGUGAGCGCGCGCUGACUGUUUGGGCGCCCUGCAUCGCUGACAAUUUCUACGGCUACCGCGAUGGCACGCCCUGCGUCUUCCUCAGACUGUCGCAUAUCCACUACUGGGUACCGGAGCCGUACAACGUGUCGCUGCCGCUGGCCCUGCCACCUGACAUGCCUAACAACAUCAAGCAGAUGAUGAUGCAACGCCCUGCGCACGUAUACGGUGACUACGUGUGGGUGUCGUGCGGCGGCGAGUUCAGCUCCGAUCAGGAGAAUGUGGGCCCGCUGCAGUACAUACCCGCGGGCCUGCCACCCGGCUUCCCCACCGCGCGUCUGCACACCGCCGACCGCAUCCCUCGCGCCGCACGCGCGCAACCCGAUCCACUGCCCGGACCACUCAUCGCGCUGCUCUUUGAGAACCCACGACGUGGUGUUUUGAUCAAUGUGGAGUGCAGGAUCUGGACCCGGGACAUCCUGUACGACCGCUCCAGCCGUGUGGGCCGCGCGCGCUUCGAGAUAUACGUCGAAUAA